UUGGAGAUCAAAUAUCUCAAAAAUUCCAGAUUGUUGUUUUGACAUCGCAAACUGCAAUAACAGAAAUCGCGCGAUUCACACGUGCAAAACACACCUUCAUAAAUCACUCUACAAACAAAACCCAAACCCAAAACUUAUCGUCAGUCAUUUUCAUUUGUGUGCGGAGCAGCCGGAGAAACCGCGAUGGCGUUGAACAACGGUCUCAGAUCUGCCUCCAAGUUAUUAUCGUCUUCUGAUUCCAUUUUCUCUAAGUCAGUGAAUAGAGGCUUCCACUCAACAGGAGCAAAGAGGAUGGGAGGAGGUCAUGCACAUGGCCAUGAUGAACCAUACUACCUUCAUGCAAAACACAUGUACAACUUGGACAGGAUGAAACAUCAGAAAAUUAAAAUGCCUCUUGCUGUCUUUACUGCCUUCAGCAUUGGUGUCAUCGUUCCUAUAUAUGCUGUCAUUUUCCAGCAGAAAAAGACUGCUUCUGCGUGAGUCAUGAUGCGUUGGUGCAGUAACUGGAACAAGUUUGGAAUGCAUUUCUUGGGGACUGUUGGCAUUCCUAAGUUGGGUUCAUUUUGGUUCUUUUUGCUGUUAGUUUUCAAUGUUUAAUGUUGGCAAAUAGGAUUUGAAGACUUGUUUUUUCAUAAUAAUAUCAUACAGUAACAAAUCGAUUCUGAAUGAAUCGUGGGUUCAAAUACGUUGCUUUCUUUAAUAUGCUUAACAUGGUGCUUUGGAAUCAAAUCUUUUAUUUUUGCUGA